CCCGAAAGAGCCACCCUCUACAGCAUCGACUCCACCCCGCUCUUCUUCCAACCGCUCGACGGCCCGCCGAUCCCGCAUCUGAAGCUUCUGCACGCCUACCCGGACGCUCUGCCGACGGUGCAGAUCGAUCGCGGCGCCAUCCGGUUCGUGCUCUCGGGCGCGGCGCUCAUGGCGCCGGGCUUGACGUCGGCGGGCGGGAAGUUGCCGGACACCGAGCAUGCGGUGGAGGCGGGGCAGGUGGUGGCGGUCAAGGCCGAGGGGAAGGAGACGGUUUGUCUGGUCGGGGUGUUGAAGGUCGGGACCGAGGAGAUUAAGGCGAAGGGGAAGGGGGUCGUUUUGGAUGAGGGGCAUUAUCUUGGGGAUGGUCUUUGGAGGAUGGCUUUGGAUUAG